AUGACCGACUCUAAAGACUUGUCUGAGGGCGCUGGCUCGCCGUCAGCAGUCUCUAAGAAUCUUACAGCGGCCUCACAGAAGAUGACGGCUGCAUCCACUCGGGGCCCAAAGAAGCCUGCGGGUCAGGUUCGCAAGCAAGCGGUCCUCACUAGAUUUCCGAUUCCGUCCUCUACUCGCAAUAGUACAGUCACGAGUAGUAAACCCAGCCCGAGUAUCAAGGGGAGACCCUCCACUCCAAACAAAACGAAGCGGUUGACAUCUAACAGAAACUCUUCGCUUCGUCCAGGCCAAGGCGAUCGUGUUUUCGGCGGCAGAGCUGAUACUACCACUGCCCCUGCGAUCUUGGGUCAUGUCGGAGCAUCCACUGCGCCUCAGAAGCCCAUUCAUUUGAGAUCUGACGCCGAGAAGUGGAAAAAAGAGUAUGAGGAGCUGCUCGAGGAGACAAAAAAGUCGCAAGCCGAGCAGGAUCAAGCCAAGCGCGAUCUCGACAAGGCUCUCGUUGAGCUCACCCAGCAACUCACUGCAACCGAAAAAGGCCGCGAGCAAAUCGAGUUCGAUGCCGCUGCUCUGGCAGAAGAGGGUAUUGCUGCACGCAUGGACCUGGAAUUAUGCAGGCACGAGAACGGUGACCUGAAACUUGAGAAGAAGCGACUUCUCGCGCAGCUUGAUUACGCUUCCGGCGUGAUAGAGGAUCUGCAGGCCCAAACUAAUCUCGCUGGUGAGCUCCAGACGGAGCUCAAUAGUUUGCGCAAUGUUCGCCUUCCAUCACUGGAGCGGGAUAAUAAUAUUCUCAAGCAGGAGCUACACAGAGUGCUGCUCGAUGUAGAGACGCCUUCCUCCAGUCCUAAUUGUGCGCCUUCACCAUUCCAGGCAUUCCAGGGCAACUCUGAAGGCUUUUUGGGCUUUCUGAAGGCAAACGAGAUAUACGUUAAGCAGCUGGAAGAGACUUGCGGGUGGUUGGAAAAGGUGUAUGCUGAUACAGCGUUCGAGGUCGAAGGUCUCGAAAACCAUAUCGCUGCCUUACAGAGCACCACCGGCCACCUAAAAAACCAGUACACUGGAAUCGCCUUUAGGGACAGUCCGUUUACUGACGAGCUUGAAGAGGUUCAUGAGGAGAAACGAAUCCUCAGAGUCAUGAAUGCCAGCACGAGUCUAGAAUCAACUGCGACUAUUGCAUCCAUUACUUCUACUGCGCUUUCAUUAGCAGGCAUCGUAGCUGCGGUCCAGACGCAGCCCUCAUCCCCUUCUGACAAACCCAAGAUAACAUCCUCCGAGAAUUUCCCCGUGACUAAAGCAAAGUCACGUCUCAUGCUGGAAUCUAGCACAACGUUCGCAUCUGCUCUAGCCACCCAAUCGAUUAGCUCUGCUCCCUCGCCCAAGCCUCGAGCGCCGCUUGAUAGAGACCUCCAGAUCACAAUCAAUAUUGAGCCGAGCGCACAAGCCAAACUGAGCCUUCUUGAACGACUGACUGCCAUCACUACGAAAGGAACUUCAUUCAAGAUCAAUGGCCCAGCAGAAAUCGCAAAGGCUCUCUCGCGCGGCAUGGAAGAUGCGCAAGCCCGUGCGAAGCACAAUGAGACACAGGUCCUGGAGCUGCAACAGAUGAUAUGGUAUCACAUCUCGGAGGUCGAGCGGAAGAAGAUCGCAUGCAAUUUGACGGAGCACAAGACUCUGGCAGAUCAGCUGGCAGCCAUGGAAGCGCGACUUCAAAUGCAGGACAUAUUGCUUGCUGACAAUGGUAGACAGCUGGCUCAGCUCAGGAAAGAGCGAACAGAUGGCUGA